UCUGGGGUGCUCUGUUUCAUUAGCAUUUGGCUUGUUUUAGUGUGAUGCGAUCGAGAAUCCCCAGAUUUCACUGUGAUCGGAUUUGAAGUCUCUGGCUAGCUUGUGGUUUGUUGCUCUCUGUAUUUACUAUAUUGUUGAAUUAAAUUAUAAGUUUGUAGUUCAAUGGAACAAGAUCAGGAAUUCAAGUAUUCUUGCAAGUUUUGUGGCAAGAGCUUCCCCUGUGGUAGAUCUCUGGGUGGUCACAUGAAGUCUCACUUGAUCGACAACAAUUCGAAAGAUGAUCAGAAGUUCAUCAACAGCAGAGUUAAAUUCUCCUCUCUUAGCCAUUACACUGAGAUGGGUUCGGAAACUGGUCCUCAAGCAGGUUAUGGCCUCAGGGAAAACCCGAAGAAAACUUGGAGAAUUUCAGGUUCAAAUGAGGAAGCCUUAGUUUAUGGUAAUAAGGUAUGCAGAGAAUGUGGGAAAGGGUUUCAAUCAUGGAAAGAUCUGAUUGCUCAUAGGAAGUCUCACUCAAACUCGAGUACUAAUAGCUUCGAGAACGAACAAGAUUCUGAGACUAGCAGUAAAGUUGUGGACAGCCAAUCUGAAAAUGAGACUACUAAUACUUCAAGGAUAAGACCCAGAACAUCUAGGAGAAGAAGUACAAGGUACACGGGCACUACUACUAAAACCUCUUCUUCUAAAUUCUCUGUUGUAAAUAAUAAUGCUUCUUCAUCUAUUACUGAAAUUGAGCAAGAGCAACAAGAAGAGGUUGCUUGGUGUUUACUGAUGCUCUCAAGGGAUGUGGGUCACUGGGGUGGCAUAAAAUAUGCUGCUGUUCUUGAUCAGAGUACUUCUGAUAAUGAUUCAGGGUUUUCAGAUGAUCCAUCAUCCCUCAAGAUGAAUCGGUUGUCUGAAAUCAACGGUGCUGCUCUUGAGAGUUUGAAAAUGAAGAAACUAAAGAAGAAGAUGUUAGAAGAGGAAGUUUCCGUUGGUGGUUUUUCCAAAAGUGACAAAACAAAGAAGAGUUUGAUACUGGAGAAAAUUGAGUUAGCUGAAGCUCAAUUAGGUUCUGACAAGUUCAAUUCAAGCAACACGAGAAAGCUUCAAGAUUCUUAUGAACAUUCUUCUAAGAGGAGUAAGUAUGAGUGUGGUACUUGCAACAAGGUUUUUAAGUCAUACCAAGCUCUAGGAGGCCAUAGAGCUAGUCACAAAAAGAUCAAAGGAUGCUUUGCUUCUAAGAUUGAGAGCAGUGAAAACACCACUGAUUUUGACACAGACAUCUCCAUUGAUCAUCCAAUUGCAUCAGAUCACAGUAAGCUCAGUAAUCUCAUUCAUCAUCAAGAUGUUGUAAAAGCUGAGAGCAUCAAUACAAAGAGUAAGGGGCACUCUUGUCCAAUCUGCUUAAAGGUUUUCCCAACUGGUCAGGCAUUGGGUGGUCACAAGAGAUCACACUUGAUUGGUGUUUCAGCUGAAAGUAGUAAGAACAACCAGAGAAACGUAGUGAUACCCAAGCCAGCAACUCCUGAAGUUAGAGGCUUUCUUGAUCUCAACCUUCCUGCUCCUGUUGAAGAAGACAGCAGUAUCAACCAUGCUGCUACUGCUCCUGCACAAGCCUUUAAACCAUGGUGGGCAGGAAGCAACCAUAAGCCUUAUGAAGCUCUUGUUUCAUAGGUUAAUGUCCCUAUUCAUGCCAACACUUAUUUUCAAGUUGGUGCAUAAAUUUAUAUAUCGUAUGCUCCGAUCCACUGGUUAAAGAAACAAUAGAGCAACUCUUACUUCAUACUGGUUUUACAAUAAAGAUUCGAGGAUGUACAGAUACAUAUUUCUCGAUAUCGAUUCAUUCAUUC